AUGAGAAACCACACAGCGCUAACAACAUUCAUCCUCCUGGGACUAACACAAGAUCCUCAGCUGCAGAUCUUCCUUUUUAUUUUUCUAUUUACUACAUACACUUUGAGUAUAACUGGAAAUCUGACCAUCAUUACCCUCACCAUUGUGGAUCUCCACCUUAAAACUCCUAUGUACUUUUUCCUCCAAAAUUUCUCUUUCUUAGAAAUCUCAUUUACUACCGCCUGUGUUCCAAGAUUCCUAUACAGUAUUUCAACUGGGGACAGGACCAUUACUUAUAAUGCAUGUGCCAUUCAACUGUUUUUUACUGAUCUCUUUGGAGUAACUGAAUUUUUUCUUUUGGCUAUCAUGUCCUAUGAUCGUUAUGUGGCUAUCUGCAAACCCUUGCAUUAUAUGACAAUAAUGAGCAACCAAAUGUGCCAAAAUAUGAUUAUCUGUUGUUGGACAGCAUCUCUUGUGGUAAUUGUCCCCCCACUUUGCUUGGGACUUAAUCUGGAUUUCUGUGACACUAACAUCAUUGAUCAUUUUCUUUGUGAUGCUAAUCCUAUCCUGAAAAUAUCAUGCUCAGACACUUGGCUGAUUGAGCAGAUGGUGAUAGGAUGCGCUGUGCUGACCUUCAUCACAACCCUGCUUUGUGUUGUCCUCUCCUACAUAUAUAUCAUCAGAACUAUUACAAGAUUCCCCUCAGCCCAGCAAAAGAAAAAAGCCUUUUCCACCUGCUCCUCCCACAUGAUUGUGGUGUCCAUCACCUACGGCAGCUGCAUCUUCAUCUAUAUAAAGCCAUCUGCAAAAGAAGAUAUGACCAUUAAUAAAGGUGUGUCAGUGCUCAUUUCUUCCAUAUCUCCCAUGUUAAAUCCUUUCAUAUAUACCCUGAGGAAUAAGCAAGUGAAACAAGCCUUUAACGACACAGUCAAGAAACUUGUUUUCCUCUUAAAGAAGUGA